AUGGCAAGCUCCACCACCAGUAAUGUUUAUGUACACGUCAUCGAGGACGUCAUCAGCAAGGUCCGCGAAGAGUUCAUCAACAAUGGAGGUCCUGGUGAUAGCGUACUCAAUGAACUUCAAGGAUUAUGGGAACUGAAGAUGAUGCAAACGGGGGCAGUGUUUGGUCCGAUAGACAGGUCUUCCGUGCAAAAGGCAGCGCCAGGGGGUCCAAUUACUCCAAAUCCUGUGCAUGACUUGAAUGUACCCUAUGAAGGCACCGAGGAGUACGAAACUCCCACAGCAGAUUUGCUGUUUCCCCCGACGCCAUUGCAGACUCCUAUGCUGACUCCAGGGCCAGGGAUGGCACGGACACCUUUGCUGGGAACCGCCCAGACACCUCUCCCUGGAACGGCUGACAACAGCUCAUAUUAUAACAUUCCCACUGGAGGCACUCCAAUAACCCCUAACGAGUAUUCAUCUGCAAAUGAUAAUGGUGGGGUUCCUGAAAUGAGAGGUGGAGCAGGAAGACCUAGCCCUUAUAUGCAACCACCUUCAGCUUGGUUGAAUCAAAGGCCUCCUCUCGAUGUGAAUGUUGCUUAUGUGGAAGGUCGUGAAGAUGGUGAAAGAGGAGGCCCUCAUCAGCCUACAACACAGGAUUUCUUCACAUUGCCUUCUGGAAAGCGAAAAAGGGAAGACUUUCCUCCACAAUACCAUAGUGGUGGAUACAUUCCGCAGCAAGAUGGAGCUGCAGAUAUUUUAUCUGAUGACUUGAAGGUAGUUCAAGGAUUCCUCAGUUUGAUGGUCCCAUUCCUGAUCCAUAUGACGAUGUUCUUUCUACACCCAAUAUAUACAAUUAUCAAGGAGUUGCCAAUGAAGACUACAAUAUAG